AUGGCCCCUGGUUUCUCUCUCUGCCAGUAAAGAAACCAAACCAUACAACUACGCGUCUGCUUUCAAAUCCUUCCCCAUUUAUACCCAUCAUUUCUCUCGUUCAUCCCAACGCCAUUGCCGUUGCCGGCAACGCAUUUCUCAGUCGUUUCUGACGUAGAAUUUGUGUCCGUACACUUACCGUUUUCCGCAGCAAGCAGCUAUUGAACUACCCGUAAUCGCACAGUUUUUUUUUUCACCCUUUACCCUGUUGUUCUUCAUUCAGUGUCCUGUUCACGGUAACCCAGAUCGAAAUUUGCGGGGGGGUUUUGUCGAUUUUCAGGGGAUUUAGGGUUUUUCUUUCUUUUACUGUCGGAUUCUCGGGUUCGCAACCUGUAGCUGAAUGGGGAUUGGGACAACACUGGCUGGUCGAGUAGAGAAGGAACUCUCGGAGCUUCCGAGGAAACCGAAUUCGAGUUCCCAUGCUCAGAUUUCGGUGAUCAGCUCCGCCACCGCCGCCGCUCCGGCGAAUUCGCGUAAGAAGAUUCGGCGGAGGAGCAAGAGGACGGCUGUUUCGCCGGUUCAGAGGCUGUUCAAUACUUGCAAGGAAGUGUUUGCCAAUGGGGAACCAGGAAUUGUCCCAUCCCCUGAAAUGAUCGAACGACUACGAGCUGUUCUGGAGGAGGUCAAACCAGAAGAUGUAGGGGUGAACCCUCAAAUGCCAUAUUUCCGUGCCAAAACUGCCGGGAAAUCUCCCGUGGUGACUUACCUACACAUCUACAAAUGCGACAAGUUCUCGAUGGGAAUAUUCUGCUUACCGCCCUCUGGUGUAAUCCCUCUGCAUAACCACCCGGGAAUGACUGUCUUCAGCAAGCUCCUCUUCGGUACAAUGCACAUCAAAUCCUAUGAUUGGGUUCUUGACGCUCCUCCGCACAGCGAGGAUACCCGUUUGGCCAAAGUGAAAGUGAACUCCGAGUUUGUGGCUCCCUGCGAAUCCUCCAUUCUCUACCCGUCGGAUGGAGGGAAUAUGCAUUGCUUCACAGCCCAGACUUCUUGCGCCGUCCUCGACGUUCUCGGCCCACCAUACGACGACCCCGCUGGACGCCACUGCAGUUACUACUUCGACUUCCCGUUCUCCCAUUUCUCGGUUGAGGGGGUCUCGGUGAGGGAGGAGGAGAGGAAAGGGUAUGCAUGGCUGAAGGAGAGGGAGGAGAAGCCGGAGGAUUUGACCGUUGUGGCCAUGAUGUACACUGGACCGACCAUCAAGGACCGAUGAAUCAUACUACAGGACCGAGGGCUUUUUGUUCCUGCUUGGUGGCUUUGCCUGCAUUGUCUUUUUUGUUGACUUCCCUUUCUAGGUUUUCUUUGUUGUCCAAAAAAAAAAAAAAGGGAAAAGAGAAACAUGUUUCAGUGUUUCUUUGGGUGUAUAUAUAAGUGCUAAGAGAAAGAA